CAGCGGAGCGGAGCUUGCGGCGCCUGGCUAGGAGUGAGCAGCUGUGCCUCUCGCGCGGGUCGAGCUGCGGAGCUGCGGGCAGCCGGAGAAGCCCCUCCACCCCGCACCCAGACAUCCAUUUGGGACCGGGGGAGAAGGUAGCGUAGGUGGCCCGGCGCGCACCCCCCGGAGUCUCCAGGGUCCGCUUCUUCAUCCUACCGCCCUUCUCCACCCCCAGCGCGGAGCCCCAGGCGGGGACACCCCGCAUCAGACGUUCUCAAGCCUCCGGGCACCUGGCUCAACCAGAGUCCCCCGUGUCGGGGCAGGGCAGGGCCGGCGGUGGCGAGCCGGAGCCCGCCCAGCACCCAGGCCCCGCCGAGCCCUCGGAGCCCACCCAUGGGGCCCCGGCUCCGCGCGCCUCUUUUCCCGGCCGCGCCCAGCCCGGCUCGGGGCGUAGCGCGCGGGAGGAUCCGUGCGCAGUGACCCCGGAGCCGCCGCAGACGCGGGGAGACUCGGCGGCGGGAGCGGCAGGCAGUUCCCCGCACCUCCAGGCGCUUCCAGGCAGUCCUCCGAGCCGCGCCCGGGGCCCAGCCCGCCGAUCCCAGCCCCGAGCCAUGAUGAAGACCUUGUCCACCGGGAACUGCACGCUCAGCGUGCCUGCCAAGAACUCCUACCGCAUGGUGGUGCUGGGUGCCUCCCGAGUGGGCAAGAGCUCCAUCGUCUCUCGCUUUCUCAAUGGCCGCUUCGAAGACCAGUACACGCCCACCAUUGAGGACUUCCACCGCAAGGUAUACAACAUCCGUGGGGACAUGUACCAGCUGGACAUCCUGGACACCUCUGGCAACCACCCGUUCCCUGCCAUGCGCCGGCUGUCCAUCCUCACAGGAGAUGUCUUCAUCCUGGUGUUCAGCCUGGAUAACCGGGAGUCCUUUGACGAGGUGAAGCGUCUCCAAAAGCAGAUCCUGGAGGUCAAGUCCUGCCUGAAGAACAAGACCAAGGAGGCGGCAGAGCUGCCCAUGGUAAUCUGUGGCAACAAGAACGACCAUAGUGAGCUGUGCCGCCAGGUCCCCACCACUGAGGCGGAGCUGCUGGUGUCGGGGGAUGAGAACUGUGCCUACUUCGAGGUGUCAGCAAAGAAGAACACGAACGUGGAUGAGAUGUUCUAUGUACUGUUCAGCAUGGCCAAGCUGCCCCACGAGAUGAGCCCUGCACUGCACCGCAAGAUCUCCGUGCAGUACGGUGACGCCUUCCACCCCCGACCCUUCUGCAUGCGUCGCACCAAGGACUCAGGUGCCUACGGCAUGGUCUCGCCCUUUGCGCGCCGUCCCAGCGUCAACAGUGACCUCAAGUACAUCAAGGCCAAGGUCCUCCGGGAGGGCCAGGCCCGAGAGAGGGACAAAUGCAGCAUCCAGUGAGGGGCAGGGACGUCGGGGAGGGGGCCCGGGCAGUGCCUUAAGGGAGGUGGCUGUGGAUGCCCGCUGCGUGCAUUCCACAGGGCCCUGAGACCCAAAGCCCUGCCUGUUAGUUAUCCUGCCUCCUUGCUGCUUCCCUCGUGUACGUGGCUCCUUUGUGGGAGGACUGGGGAGAGGCUGGGGAUGUGUCAACACUCACAUCAGAGACCCUAGUUAGAGCUUUCCCUGUCCUUGGGGUGGAAGGAACUUGGAUGCCAGAGAGAGGCCAGGAGUCCUGCAUCAAACAGAGCUGCCUGGGCAUGUCACAGGAUGAAAACACUCGAGCCAGAUGCCCCGGCCAGAUGCACUUGGCGGCCUCUGCUCCCUCAGCGUGGACCAGCUUGGUCUCCAUGCUGCGGGGGACCCCCUUCCUGGGCCUUCAGCACCUGCCCUCCCACCCAGCUGUGUGCAUCCACCCUCUAACUUGGCCCCUGCUGCCCAGACAUCGAGCCAGUGGUGUGUGUGUGUGUGUGUGUGUGUGUGUGGGUGGUUUGGGGUGGCCAUGCCCCUCAGACCACUCUAUCCCUGCCCUGCUCCCUGGCACCUCCAUGUGACGGCACUUAUUUUGAAGCUGCUGUCAUGUUCGCAGUAGACAGGAAGUCCUUGUAUUGUAGGAGUUCAGUGACCCAUCGUUGGCCAGGCUCCCCAGGUGAGAUCACUGCUCCAGGUGGGGCCCCCUUCCUGCCUGCCCCUACAUAGGGCCGUGCAAACACUGGCACAGUGUGGGCAGGUAGGCCACCUCUCCUACUCCCAAGAGGGGAGAAUUGGGGCUGGGAGGGAUGACUCCCCAAGUCCUACCCACCCCCUAGCUAGUUCAGGACAGAGCUCUGUAUAGAGCCCCCUUCUUGGUGUUUCUCAAGCAUCAACUGAACACCUGAGUGCUGGAUCCCCUGUAUACUGGGCAACAAAGAAGGCAAAGGACCCAUAUGUCCCCAGCUAUGACUGUCCACCCCAGGGUACCCCACUGCCAUCUGUGUACACAGCUGUUGGAGGAGGAGCAGCUGGGAGCCAGAGCUGAGCCCUGAAGAGGUUGGCAGGAAGACUCAUGGGGGACUUUUUCUAGUGCUCGGUGUGCUGAGUACCUCUCACCCCAGCUUGGGGAAGGGGCUGUGAUCCUGAAAACCAAAGGCCCUUGUCAUCAGCUCUUAAAUACAUUUGUGCUUUUGUUCCCUUAAAAAAAAAAAAAAAGUACUGAUCUGGGCUGGUGGGAUGGCUCAGUAACUAAAGGUGCCUGCUGUCAAGCCUUUCCACCCAAGUUCGAGUCCUAGGACCCACAAAGUGGAAGGAGAGAACUAACUUCCAUAAAUUAUAUUCUGACCUCCACAUGUGCACCGUGGUAUGCGCACAUACAUGCACUCAUGCAUACACAAAAAGUAACAAUGCUAAGGGUCACAAGAAACCAUAGUAAUCCUCUAGUGCAUUUCCUAAAGGCCCAGAGAGGGUGAGUGAUUAGCCCCAGGUCAUACUGCAAGCAGGGCCGCCCUGGGCCUUCCACACAUACCAUGCUGUGCCCCCUCUUGGAGAUGCUUCCAGGUCUGGGGACUUGCAGGGCUUUGGCCUGUGUUACCCACAGGUCCCCCAGAGCUGUUACUGAGGGUUCCUGUGGAUGCCGUGUACAUCAUCCUGAACUCCCAGACAAACCUCUGUUCCAGCUCUGCACACUGCAGUCAAGACCUGGCCCCGCCUGUGUCCGCACCUCAACACCUGCUGCUCAGCACAGCUGCUCCAUCACCCGCUUCUGUCCCCUAGCUGCCCUACUUCCCCAGCACCAACCCUCAGAGCACACCAGGUACUUGUCCAGAUAGGCGUGUGGCCUGCUACCAUCCAGUCACCCCCCAUUGCCCGGAUCUUUGUGUGCACUAUCAAUUAAAGUGGGUUUGUUAGCA